CCGACUAUUUUCUGCCGGACGGUGAGACACCCAGAGAGCCGGAGACCUCGAGAGUGUAUGAAGCUGAGUGCUAAGUUCAGGCUCUCUUCGCCGCGUAAAGUCAGUCUUACGUUAGGUAACGAUGAGUACAUCAGAGUCCUUGGACCGAAUGGAACUCUGUGAAAGCCUCUUAACAUGGAUCCAGACAUUUGGUGUGGAGGCUCAAUGCAAGACAGUAGAAGACUUGACCAGUGGUGUGGUCAUGGCCCAGGCUCUGCAGAAAAUAGAUAUAGUGUAUUUCAACGAUGCUUGGAUAAGUAGAAUCAAGCCAGACGUUGGGGACAACUGGAGGUUAAAGGUCAGCAAUCUAAAGAAAAUCCAAAAAGGCAUCCUAGACUAUAACCAGGAGGUCUUAGGCCAGCACAUUAAUGACUUCACACUACCAGAUGUUAACCUUAUCGGAGAACACUCCGACGCAGCAGAACUUGGCAGGAUGCUACAACUUAUAUUGGGCUGUGCUGUCAACUGUGAACAGAAACAAGAAUACAUCCAAACCAUAAUGAUGAUGGAAGAAUCAGUGCAGCAUGUCGUCAUGACAGCCAUCCAAGAGCUGAUGAGUAAAGAGACACCAGUCACAGGAGGAAAUGACUCCUAUGUGGAUCUUGACAGACAGCUGAAGAAGACAGUUGAGGAGCUGAAUGAUGCUUUGGCUACGAAGGAAGAGAUCGCCCAGAGGUGUCGUGAGCUCGAUAUGCAGGUGGCAGCUCUGCAAGAGGAGAAGAGCAGUUUGCUAGCAGAGAACCAGGUCCUGAUGGAGAGACUUAACCAGUCUGACUCCAUCGAGGAUAUAAACAGCCCUGCUGGACGCAGGCAUCUCCAGCUGCAGACACAACUAGAGCAACUACAGGAAGAAACUUUCAGGUUGGAGGCAGCAAAAGACGACUACCGCAUUCGUUGUGAGGAGCUUGAAAAAGAACUUUUGGAUGUAAAGUCCCAGAAUGAAGAGCUUUCAUCACUGGCUGAUGAAGCCCAGUCUCUCAAGGAUGAGAUGGAUGUCCUCAGGCAUUCAUCAGACAAAGUGUCAAAGCUGGAGGGCACAGUGGAAAACUACAAAAAGAAACUGGAGGACAUGGGACUUCUCAGGAGACAGAAUAAACUUAUGGAAGAGAAGAACACAGCGUUAAUGCAGACCAAUGUCGGCUUAGAGGAAGAACUACGAAAGGCAAACGCUACCAAGGGCCAGUUGGAGACAUACAAGAGACAGGUAGUGGAACUUCAGAACAGACUGUCAGAAGAGUCUAAAAAGGCUGACAAGAUGGAAUUUGAGUACAAACGCGUCAAAGAGAAAGUGGAUUCUCUACAAAAAGAAAAAGAUCGUAUGCGGACAGAGAGAGACUCGCUGAAGGAGACUAUUGAGGAACUACACUGUGUUCAAGCUCAAGAAGGACAGCUCACAUCAAGUUUGUUUCCGCUGGUCAGCAACGACGGUUCUGAUUCGUUGGCUGCUGAGAUCACCACUCCAGAGAUUCGAGAACAUCUGAUUCGCCUUCAGCAUGAGAACAAGAUGCUGAAGCUGGCCCAGGAGGGCUCCGAUAAUGAGAAGAUCGCACUGUUGCAGAGUCUACUGGAGGAUGCCAACAGAAGAAAGAAUGAACUGGAGACAGAGAACAGGCUAAUCAAUCAGCGCUUGAUGGAGGAACAGAGUCAGGUGGAGGAGCUACAGAAGAGUCUUCAAGAACAGGGUUCCAAAGCAGAUGAUUCUUCCAUUCUGAAGAAGAAAUACGAGGAGCACAUGGAAAAAGUACGAGAAUUGAACAAUGAGUUACUGAAGAAAAACGCUUUCAUCGAUGAAAUGGAGCCUAAAUACACCGCCAGCUCCCAACGAGUGGACGAGUUGGAAGAGGCCUUGAAGAAGAAAGAUGAAGAGAUGAAGCAGAUGGAGGAGAGAUAUAAGAAAUACCUUGAAAAAGCCAAGAGUGUGAUCCGGACGCUGGACCCCAAACAGAACCAGGGUUCAGGCCCAGAGGUGCAGGCUUUGAAAAACCAGCUACAGGAAAAGGAGAGAAUGUUAAUCUCAUUGGAGAAAGAGAUGGACAAGACAAAGAGCCAGAGAGAACACGAGGAGAAACUGAUCGUGUCAGCCUGGUACAAUAUGGGUAUGUCUAUGCAGAAGAAGGCGGCUGAAGACCGACUCGCCAACACCGGUUCUGGUCAGUCCUUCCUGGCCCGGCAGAGACAAGCCACCAGCACGCGCCGCUCCUACCCAGGCCACGUCCAGCCAGCUACCGCCAGGUAGAUGGCAGUAGGGCACAAAAAUACUGCGACAAACUACUUUAAAAAUCCCCUGAACUUUCAUGCAGUAGACGUGCCUGUUUUGAGGCACUCUAUUUCCAUUCAUUUCUAAUGGAAGUUCUUGUUUUCUUGCAUUCUCCCCAUUGAUUUCCUUUUUUUUCCCUUCUUGAUCAGAUCCAUGAGGUAGAGAUGCCAGGCAAGGCUGCCCAAAUCUUGCACCACUUUUUUUCCCCCCCCCCAACUAAGCAUAUUUUACCUUGACACCUGUGAUGCAAGGCUUCUACCUGUUUCACAUCCCAGCGUAUUUGAUAGGAUCUGACUAAUCACUCCAAAUGUCCUCUCUUCCUCCCUCUCAACCACUGACCUUCCUGAAUCUGUACUCUGUGGCAACCGUUUGCUGCGCAGGUAAUCUGGAACCCAAGGCUCAGAAGAAUCACACCUUUCUUGAGAAGUUACUGUCAGUUUUGAAAAGAGGAACCGCUCAACCUGUUCAUGCAGUAUUUAUGCGCAUCUCUAAUUGUGAUAACAUUUGGCUUGUUUUUUGACUGGAGUUAACAGAUUUUCUGUCCUGCGUUGUGUUUUAAUGCUUUAUGAUGUAGCUUUAAGGAGGUUAAGGGCAAUUUUCAGUUACUCGUCUCACUGUUUAAUUUUAUUUCAUCUGAUUUUGUGUCAGUCUUAAAUAACAUGACCAUUGAGGCAUAGGAAUAUGUAUCAUCAUGUUAAUGUUGGAUAUGCUUGCUAAAUGUUGUGAAUGAUCUGAUUAGACAAAAAAAAGCGGUAACUGUUGGCUGGUAAUAGUGCAGCAAUAAUUCUGAAGAAUAAUUUUAUAUUCUAUUAAGAACAACAGAAAAGUAACUUCAUCUGGUUUUGAGGUUGUUUGUAAAGGUGCCAUCCACAGCUAAUGCACAUAAUAGUGUAAACUGGUUUCUCUCACAAAGAACAAGGAUCCACCUUCGAGCAAAAACCACCUCACUUGGUUUUAGCUUUACCAGCAUUUCCAAGGUUGUGUCAGACAACACCUUAUGUGCCAUAGUGAUAGUUUUAAAUGUCUGUACCUCAGUAAUUUGUCAAUGGUAGCCUUGCAACACUGCAGGCUUUUCCACUAAGUUAAGAAAGUUUUACACCCUGGGACUGUCUGGUUGUAGGGGAUUUAGUUUGUAGGUCACUUUUAAUGCCAAAAAGUCAGUAAUAGGAUGCCAUUUAUUCAAUGUCGCUUGCUUUUAUAGUAUAAAAAGGUUUUUUAAGGUGUUUCGAUGAGUGUUACACAGGACUGAAUAGGGAUGCUUGUUGCAACUGUUCUCAUCAUCUCUUUAACCCAUUUUUUUGUUCCAUUUUCUCUACCUUGUCAUUGUUAAUGCAUACUGUCAUUGUGAAUGAUCUCUUAUUAACCUCCAAAGCCUGUUUAGAUCAGGGGCAGACUGUUGAUUUUCACCUAACAAGCCCUGCCAUCUGACCAUCACUUCUCUCUCUCCUCCCUCAACAGCAAUGUCACUGCAUGACUGGCACACCAAUGACCUGUCCAAGCCCCGUGUGGCCUGGCCGGGCCGUUUUCUGUGGCUUCCACUGACCCUGUGGCUGGGCUAGGCUGAGGCGCGCAAUGCAUGAACUACCUGCCCGCGUACUGUUUGCAUGACCUUGCAUUGACUCGAGCCUGCAAAUAACCAGCCCACUAGCAGCAGCAUGAGCACUAACAACCCUCUGCAGAGUCAUGCGUUAUAACCUCCAGACAAGCCUGUGCUGGGACGGGGUAGGAAAAAGAAACCCCUUCCUCCAAUUAAGUUCUUUUCCUCUGUUCUGGCUCCUUUCCCCCUCCUCCUUCGUUCUUGUGCUCUUUGUUAUUGUCUCCAUCUCCUCCUACUUAUUCUUCAUGGACAUGCCUGCUCGUGCUUCUUGCACUGCAACAAGUCUGUUACGAUUCAGCACACGUUACAAACACCCGGGAAGGGGGAAGAAUAUCGCAGUAUUGUCUGUCAAUCUACCAGUUGAUUUAAUGACCCAUUUUUUUUUUUGUAGUACUCGUGUGUAACCUGUUGUUGGAGAGCUGUUUCAGGAUACCUCAAUGCCAUAUUUCCACAUAUCCGUUGUUAUUCACGUGGUUGGAGGACGUGAGGUAAUAACUGAUCAGUCUGCAGAACAUAACGAAUGAGUCACCUCCCCUUUUUAAACUGCUACACUAAGUGUUUAUGUCCAACCUGUCCUCAACCUGUUGCUCGGUGGGAUCUUAGAAGUUGAAGCUUUUACCUCAAGUAUUGAAUACAGCAAGAUUUGGACUUUACGGAGAGCUUAUGGGGCUUUACUGAGUCGCCCUGUAGGUUUUUGGACAGAUUGCAGUAGGAGCAUAGAAUGACAAAACAAGUGUUUUAAAUAACAUUGUUACAAAUGUGCAGGAUAAAGCCCCCAUUAACCCUACUUGCAUUUUUUUCCGAGCACACAAUCUAUUUCUUGAUAAAAUAAACAUUUCUAUAGUGUUUGUGCCCAUAUUAUAGUUGAUGUGGAGCAAAUAACCUGUGGUCUAAUUGAGCCAAGUACAAGAAGCUCUGUUGCACUUUGUCAUAUGUUUAAUACAUUUUGCCCCAAAAAUGAACUCUAAUUUAAUAAAAUUAUUAUUUAAAGAAAGUGUAAAAUGACAUUAGCUCAUGUAUGCUGAUGUAUCGUCAGCUCACUUAGACUUAAAGGGCUAAUCGGUUAAAACAUGCGUGAAGGGAAACAGCUGCAGUAAUCUCAAAAGAUCCCGUUGAUCACAGACAUUUUUACAGCUUUCACAACUGGUAGUUCAAAGGAAUUCUGCGUUUGUGUUACAGUGCUAUGUUGAUUUAGGGUUGUAAAUCAAUAAUGGCGGAAGCUGCCUCCUUAAACAUACAGUGUUAUAGACGACACCAGCUAUAGUAUCAGUAAUAGGGAGACUGAUGUUACUCGAAGUCAUACUGUACAUUUUGUGUAGCUUUUUUAAUUUUUAAAUAAAUGUCUUAUUUACCUUUUAUUUCCAGAGCUUAUUAAAAUUAUUUUGACGAAAUGGGUGAGAAGGAUAAAAAACCACACCCUGGACCUGAGGAUAUAUGCAUAUUAUAGGCAUAAAUGCAUAUAUUUCUGUAAAUGAGAGAGAUGACUGAAUCCUCCAAUUUAGUGCCUGUGUUUAAAAUGUAUAGAAAAUAACAUUGGGUUAUUUUUAGGAUUAAAGGCAGUAAGGCGUGUUGCCGUAGUGACCAGAUUUAUUGUGUUAUUUGAGGAAAAAACUGCUUGAAAUGAUCUUCAUCUACUUGAUAAAUCUCUUCAUUUGAAACGUGGGCUUAAUGAGGGCUUUUCUGCUCAGUUUUUAACCCAUUUUACUUCUAAUUGUUAUACUGUGUAACCUUAGUUCAAUUCAUGCCGUGCAUUUUUAUCUUAAUGGCUUAUUUAUUCUUUUGCCGCUUGUACAGCAGUGUUAACAUUUUUUUUUUAUAUAUAUAUAUAAAUAUCAGUCGUAUUAUUCUCUCACCACUUAUACUGUUACAAUGGAUGUGAUGUUUCCAUAGACAUCAAAAUACUGUUAAUUACUCGUCUUAUGCAACAAAAGGAGGAGGAGGCUGUUCACAGCGUAGCGUUCGUCUCCAUCUAAUGAUGGCGUCAGAGUCACGACAGGUGGGCGUAAAUUGGAGGCAGUUACAUUUACCUCCAGUUUCUUUCAGGAAAAGCAGUUUCUUAGAAAAUCACUGUGCUAAGAAAUCGUUUGAAAAGGAAUGUUUUAUCUUUAUCAAAAAAAAGCACAUGUUACACUUUUAAUUCCUGGAAUGGUUGGUGAAUUUACUGUGACCCUACAAAUGAGCGUCUUUUCUAAUGUUUAGCGACCAGACCAAGGCCUUGUUUGUGGGAGGAAAAGGUUGAAGAUGCACGUGAAAUGUUAUUAGCAGGUCAAAUCAGAUCCUAUAUUUGACGAUCAAACAAAUUUCCAAACCGGAGCCGUGAAAUAGCGUCUCGUCAGGGUCUCUGCUUGUUUCUGUGUAAAUCAGAGUUUUGUAAACCACUAGCCGUUAACAUCUGCAGUUUGAGCUCUAACUUAUAUUACACAGAACUCUUUUAACCGUCCAUCACCAUGAGUUGGUUUGGUAAGAAAUCUGUAUAUAAUGGAGCCCAUCCACAUUGUGGUUGACAUGUUGAAAUUUAUAUCAGGGAUGUGGGGAAACUUUUUUUUGUUUUGUUUUUAAUCUUUCCCUAAAGAGAAAGCAGAUUGUCUUAUUCCCGUCAAAUCAGCCACUGUGUUCUGUUGCUGUUAUUUAAGAAGUCCGGUGGUUUGGGCCGUUUUCAGACCCUUAUCAAUAACAAUUAGUUGUUUAUAAGGGAAGGAAAGAUGACAACAUGAUGUUGUAGGCCAAACUCUUCGCUCAUUUUUCAUGUUCAAGAGCAAAGAUCAAAAUGAGAAUCAGCAGCAAUCCUUACAAAACUCUCAAAAUGUGUCAAAAUGUGUAUUUUUAUUCACAUGACUAAGCUAAACCGACUACCCAGUAUUCCCUAGUGUUACUUGACUGCUAACGGCACUGAGGGCCAGUCAACAUGUAUUAGACGGAUGAAAUAAACGACACGAGGCUGUCAACAGGUCGGAAUCAUAACGUGUGCAGUGUUUGCUGUAUUUUUUUUACUCAUUGGAGAACAUUUCUUUACAUAUUGAAGUAGCAAAUAACCUUCCAUUUGCCAAGUUUUAUAUUGCUUGUAUACAAACACACUAUGUACAUACAGUAUGUGGUAGUGGUAUAGGAAGUGUCUGGAUAUUUGAGAAAAUACAAAAAACCAUGUCUAGUUAGGUGGAUUUCUUAUAGCAUCUGUCCGCUGAGGACUUACUGAUGGAAAUGUGCUUCCUACACCGCAAAACUUGGAAAUGACAUUGUAAAUAAAGCUUGUAUAAAACAG